UCUUGGGGAAUAAGAAAAAAAUUUCCCGGCUCGCGCCGCACUGUGGCGCCUUCUUCUUCUCUUUGUGAUCUCUGGAUGCUGUGAUCCGGGGGUUCCAAUGGCAAGCUCGGAAUCAGAGCCUCAACCUGCUCCGACGGAGGCUGAGAAGCCGAAGAUUGAGCCGUUGAGGCUGCCGACGCCUGAGGAGGUCCGCGGGCAGGACAUUUGGAAUAAUUGCGCCGUUCGCAGUGUUGUUAGUGGAGUCCUUGGUGGCGGACUUGGUAUUUUUAUGGGUUUGUUUCUAGGGGCAUUGGAUAAUCCUAUAACACAAGAGGAAAUGACUGCAAAGCAGCAGUUUAUAUAUACUGCAAAGCAGAUGGGCAGGAGGAGUUAUAGCUCUGCAAAAACUUUUGCAGUUAUGGGUUUGAUUUUCUCAGCAGCUGAAUGUAUUGUUGAGAAGGCAAGAGCAAAACAUGAUACCACCAAUACAGCUGUCGCCGGGUGUGUCACAGGAGGGGUUUUAUCUGCCAGAGGUGGUCCACAGGCUGCGUGUGCAGGAUGUGCUGGUUUUGCAACAUUCUCAGUCUUGAUCGAAAAGUUCUUAGAUCGGCAUUCUUGAUAAAACAAGUUUACUCUGUACACUCCAUAGUCAGUUACAAGUCUGAUUUUUACUGGUAGAGUUAAAAAGCAUGUCCUCUUCCACUGAAAAACUGCCAUUCUUUUGAGUUGUCAUUCCUUCUCAUCAGGAGUCCAAAUUUUGCAAUUUAAACUCCUUGUUAUUGAUAAGUUUUAUUCAGCAUCAUAGAACGGGAUGGGAAAGGGAAUGAACUUCCCAUUCCAUCAUUUUGAUGCAAACAUGGAAGUGAAUGGAUUUUUCCCAAGUUUUGCUUAUAAAUAUUA